CAAGAAGCAGAAGGGAGAUGGCGGAAGGCAGAGGCAGCAGCGCCGCAAGCAAUUACAGCAGCAGAAGAAGAUGACUGCACAAGGUGCUUCCACAGCUGCUAGGUUGAGAAAGCCCAAAAAAGACGGUGCUACCAAGGCAGCACUUUCAAGUGAAGGAGGUGGUGCGAAGGGGAGUGGUGGUGCUGGUGACAAGCAGCAGAGAGGGAAGGAGCAGAAGGAUUCGAUUCAGGGAUUGGGGCAGGGGAAGAGUGGUUGCAGGGUCAACAACACCCACAGGGAAGCAGAAGCUACGAAGAGAAGGUGGCCGGGGGGGGAAGAAAAAGGGGGGAAAAGGCAAGGCGGAAACAAAGUAUGGGGAGCUGAAAAAUGGGCAAGAGUAGUAGGGAGUGCGUAGAUGUUGGGCAGGUGAAUGCCACCAGCAUGGAAUAUGCUCUAACGUACAUUGUGAAUAAUCUACCAUUAUUGUU